AUGGUUCGAAAAACAACUCUCCUUCUGCUGGGCGCAAUUUCUGUCUACGCUCAGCAGAACCCCCUUGGCGAUACCAACUCAUGCCUAUCCUCUCCUGAUCCAGCAGCCUGCUGUGCCAGCGGACAAUCCGAAGGAGAGGAAACCGUUGGUGACACCCCUUUCCAAUAUGUCUGUGGCGCGAUCCCCAGCCCUUCUAAAUCCAAGGGCCACAACGCCGCGACAGCCUACGAAUGCGCCGAACUCUGCGCCAACGACGAGAGUUGCUUCGCUGCCUCAUGGCGGACCAGUGGCUCGAGCUCGCGUGGAAACUGCUUCUUUGCUCUUGGCGACAGUUUCGAGACAAAGGACAACUCGGAUUUCAUGUUACUUGCCAAAGCCCCCGAGCCUGCUCCGAACCCUCCGUGCUUAGACUCGCCCGAGGCAAACGCCUGCUGUACCGGCGGACAGAACGAGGGGGAGGAGACUGUUGGCGAUGUUGUCUUCAAAUACACCUGUGGGUUUGUUCCGACACCUUCCAGAUUCAAGGGUCACAGUGCUGCGAGUGCCUACGAAUGUGCCGAGCUCUGCGCGCAGGACGAUACUUGCUUUGGUGCUUCUUGGCGAAUCAAAGGGUCAAGCUCUCGUGGAAAUUGUUUCUUCGCUAUGAGCGAGACGUUUGAUCAGCAGGCCAACGGUGACCAUAUGCUUCUUUCUAAGGUUGUUGAUUCCGGGGAUGACAACAACUGUGAAAAGGCAAACAAGGAGUGUCUGAAGCAGCACGAGGAAUGCGAGACUGCGAAGACACAAUGCGUCGAAGAGAAAGAAGAGCAGAAAGCCGCCCUUCAGCAGUGCGAGGUUGACAAGAGUCGUGCGGAGAACGCUGAAAGUGAAUGUAUUCGAAACACUGACGAGAUUACCGAGAAGAAGCGUCAAUGUCGAGAGGAGCAACAGCAAUGCCACGAAGAGAAAAACCAACAGGCUAUGCAAUGCCAGGAGGACAAAGCCGAACAAGCCAUCCAAUAUCAGCAGUGUCAGAAUCAGAACAAUCAGCUCUCGCUUGAGAUUAUCAAACAUCAAGAUGAGAUCUCCGACCUCCAAUCCACAAUCAGUACCCUCCAAUCCUCGCUCAACACUCUCAACUCGACAUACCUGGCCCUCCACAUGGAAUGUAAAGGAGGUUCAGGCUCAGGUACUUGUCGAUCGGGAAUUGUGAACGCCGAAAAACGAGACGAUGGAUGUAUCCUCCCCGCUGGCGGCAAGAAGUUCAAAAUCUAUUACGCUAAAUUGGAUGACCCUGGUUCGUGGGACCUGGGCACACCCCGGGAGCCCAACUUCGCUGCCUGUGCCGCAAGGUGUGCUCGCACCGCGCGUUGUGUGCGGUUCGCAUGGCGUACGACCAAUUUGGAAGGAACAUGCUGGAUGAGGUCUCAUGGACAGGGUCUAAAGCCGACUAAAUUCUCGUACUGGAGCAGUGGACACUUGGUUUAA